CUCAUUCUUCACCACCCUACUCAAAUUCAUUCAGUACGUAGCUACUUCACUCUACGUACACAUUCUAUACCUUCAGCUUCUAUGUCAGAUAAACAAGCCCACUUGAACGGGGCCUACUACGGCCCCUCAAUCCCAGCGGGAGAGAACUACCACCGCCCUGGCCGGGGUGGAGGUCCUCUCGGUUGCUGCUGCAGCUGCAUCUUCGGUCUCAUAUUUAAGCUGAUCUUCGCCGCAGUCGUCUUCAGUGGAAUAGCCUUCCUCGUCUUCUGGCUCAUUGUCAGGCCAACUAGAGUGAAGUUUCACGUGACCGAUGCCACCCUCACCCAGUUCAACUACUCCUCCGACAACAACCUGCACUACAAUCUCGCUCUCAACCUCAGCAUCCGAAACCCCAACAAAAAGAUCGGCGUCUACUAUGAUCGGAUCGAAGCCCGAGCUCUUUACGAAGGCCAGAGGUUCAGUACGGUUACUCUGACCCCAUUUUAUCAAGGCCACAAAACCACAAACGUGUUGAACCCGGUGUUCAAGGGACAGCAAUUGAUCGUUGGAUCCGACUUGCUUGAGGAGUUUAACGAACAGAAGACUGCUGGGGUUUACGAGAUUGAAAUGAAACUUUAUCUGAGGAUUCGGUUCAAGUUGGGUAGAAUCAAGACCGGAAAGUUCAAGCCUAGGGUUGAAUGUGACUUGAAGGUUCCUUUGAGUCAGAGUGGAAAUUCAGUGGGCACUUUUCAGACUGAGAAGUGCUCCAUUGAUUACUUCAACUGAUGAUCCUCUGAUCAAACAUAUAGCCGAGCCAGAACUUCAUUGAUUUGUCCUUAAUUGGUAGCAUGCAGACUACCAACGGCGCGACAUUGGUUACCGGCCACUAUUGUGAUCGAGUUCGUCCAGCAGCAUUAGUAGGGUAUCUGUCUUCAUCACUAUACCCAUAGUAGUUAUGAUGAUGAUUCAUUUUUUGGUGUGCGUAUGUUAUACCGUGCCUUGGUUUAGUUUUCGUUAUGAUGAUCCGCCUGUGAUCACACGUGUCUCUAUGUACAUAAAUUACAUGAUAUAUAUUCAUUAUAUUCAUUAUUUGGCGAA